GGACAUUCUUCAGCUAUUGUUAGGGCAAAUAGAUAAUUACUAUCUAGAUAAUAGAUAACUCCGUACAAGAUGCCUUCUAAACAGACAAGGGCUGCUGCUGAAGUAAAAUGAAACUUCAUACUACCACUGCAGCUCCAAUCUUCAAAUGACAUUAAAAGCAUUGAGUUUUGAGCUGCUGCAUCUGCAGUGCAGCAAGAAAGGUUAGAGGUGAGAGGAAAGAAAAUGGAUUACAGAAAGAAAUCUGAAAAAAGUCACAGAAAUGGAGAGCCUGAGAGGAGAGAGCGGACAUGAACUGAGAAAUGAACAUUUAGAAGAUGAAUAAGCUAUACAGACAAAUCCAGGAUUGGCGAGUGAAACACUGCUUCUUGAAAUGGAGGGAAUGGAAGAAACAUCUGAAAGAAUUCUUUUAGAGCCAUACAAGUAUUUACUUCAACUGCCAGGUAAGCAAGUGAGAACCAAACUGUCACAGGCCUUUAAUCACUGGCUGAAUGUUCCAGAAGAUAAAAUACAGGUUAUUAUUGAAGUGACAGAGAUGUUGCACAAUGCCAGCUUACUCAUAGAUGACAUUGAAGAUAACUCAAAGCUACGACGGGGCUUUCCAGUGGCUCAUAGCAUCUAUGGAAUUCCGUCUGUAAUAAAUUCUGCUAAUUAUGUGUAUUUCCUUGGCCUACAGAAGGUUUUAACACUUGAUCACCCAGAUGCUGUGAAAGUGUUCACUCGUCAGCUGCUGGAACUCCAUCAGGGCCAGGGUUUGGAUAUUUACUGGAGAGAUACAUACACCUGUCCUACAGAAGCAGAGUAUAAAGCCAUGGUACUACAAAAGACAGGUGGUCUCUUUGGAUUAGCUGUGGGCCUCAUGCAGCUCUUUUCCCAUUAUAAAAGAGACUUAAAACCACUCCUUAAUACACUUGGGCUCUUCUUCCAAAUACGAGACGACUAUGCUAAUUUACACUCCAAAGAAUAUAGUGAGAACAAGAGUUUUUGUGAAGAUUUAACUGAGGGAAAGUUCUCAUUCCCAACUAUUCAUGCUAUUUGGUCCAGACCUGAAAGCACUCAGGUGCAGAAUAUUUUGCGUCAAAGGACAGAAAAUGUAGACAUCAAAAAAUACUGUGUACAUUACCUUGAGAAUGUAGGUUCCUUUGAGUACACUCGACAAACGCUGAAAAAGCUUGAAUCUGAAGCAUAUAAACAGAUUGAGUCACUUGGGGGAAACCCUGAACUUGUAGCACUAGUUGAACACUUAAGCAAAAUGUUCAAAGAAAAUGAAAAUUGACUUGUUCUUUGGGGAGGGAAACUUUAAAACCAGCAUGUAUUAACUAGACUUUCUUACUAAAUCCAUGUAAAGAAAAGUGUAGAAAUGAUGCUUAUUUAAAAUUACUUAUUACUGCUACAUUAUAGAAACUGCUAUAUUAGACAUCAUGUAAGUAGUAAUUGAAAGGUAUUUGUAUACAUCACAAAUUAUCUCUGCAGCUCUAAUUACAACUGCUUACAAAAUAUUGCAUAAAGAAAUAAACUUGCAUAGAUCUGUUAAAGGUAAAAUUGUUAAUUUUAGUUUUUCAUGUGAAUCUUUCAGUUGUAAUCUCCACGGCACAGUCAGUAGUAUUUAUUUUAGCUGUAGCGUUUGUGUCCUCUAAGAACAUUGCAGGUUUUAAUUUGAGAUGGGUUUGACUACAUUUUCAUAUUAAAAUUAAUUUGCCCUGUU